AUGCCCGCCUUUCUCCUGUUCGCCUGCCGGGUCGCCCUCCUUUCGGGAUUAUUUCCGAUCGCUCCGAUCCUGGCGGUGGGAGCCGAGCCAGACCACAUAUGUGAGAUAGGAGAAUUUCUUUGUCAUGAUCAUGUGACCUGCGUAUCUCAGAAUUGGCUUUGUGAUGGAGAUUCGGACUGCCCCGAUGAAUCAGAUGAGGCUUCAUGUCCUGAAAAAAUAGAAUUUAUGUGCCCCCUGAAUCAUAUCAAAUGUACUGGCUCAGACAGAUGUAUUCACAUGUCUCAGCUCUGCAAUGGCAUUUAUGAUUGUCCUGAUGAAUAUGAUGAAGGAGCACAUUGUCGGGAAUUGCUACCCAAGUGUGAACAAAUGCAGUGCCAAUACAAGUGUGCCAUGUCCGUGAACGAAACUAGAUGUUACUGUGAGGAAGGAUACGAAGUUGGCAGAGAUAGAAAAACCUGCCAAGAUUUUAAUGAAUGUAAUCUGUAUGGACUCUGUAGCCAGACAUGUCAAAAUACUGAUGGAUCAUAUAUCUGCAGCUGUGUAGAAGGAUAUCUCCUUCAACCAAACAAAAAGACUUGCAAAGUGAAAAAAGAACCUAAUGAUCUUCCACCUCUACUAUUGAUUGCAAAUUCUGACACUAUUGAUGUCCUAUAUCUAAAUGGAACUAGAACAUCCACCUUUGGAUUUUUGAGAGGAAGUGGAAUUCAGACAUUGGAUUAUAUACACAAUAAGAACACAAUCUGUUGGAUUGAAUCAAGAGAAUCUUCAACUCAGUUAAAAUGCACUGAGAUAUCAAAAACUGAAAAGCUGACUGAUGAAUGGAUAAUUAGUACCAUUCCUAAUCUUCACAAUAUUCAGCAUAUGGCAAUUGACUGGCUUACGGGCAACUUGUAUUUUGUGGAUCAUACUAUACAUACAAUCUUUGUAUGCAACUUUAAUGGAACAGUGUGUGUGACCCUGAUUGAUCUUGAUCUUCAUAAUCCCAUGGCAGUUGCUGUGGAUCCCAGUGUGGGAAAGCUCUUCUUUACAGAUUAUGGAAAUGUUGCUAAAAUUGAGAGAUGUGAUAUGGAUGGCAUGAACAGAACAAGGAUAGUAAUAUCUAAAAUAGAGCAGCCAACUGCUCUUACACUUGACCUUGUCAACAAAUACCUUUACUGGAUCGAUGUCUAUCUUGACUUUCUAGGAGUGGUUGACUACCAAGGACAUAACAGGCAAACUAUAAUUGAAGGCCAACUGGUCAGUCAUCUAUAUGGUUUAGCAAUAUUUGAAGACUAUUUGUAUGGAACAAAUCCAGACAACUUCAGUGUCAUACAAAUUAACAGAUUUAACAGCAGAGAUACGAAGUUUUUAGUUAAACUUGAAAAUGCUAAAGAUAUCCUUGUUUACCACAAGAGAACACAGCCAACAGUAAGAAGCCAUGCAUGUGAACUAGACCAGCAAGGAAGGCCAGGUAGAUGUUCACACAUCUGUUUGCUCAGCAGCAGCUAUAAAAGCAGGAGUUGUCGCUGCCGGAUGGGUUUUGUCUUGGGAAGUGAUGGCAGAUCAUGCAAACGACUAAAGAAUGAAUUGUUCCUGUUUUAUGGGAAAGGACGUCCGGGCAUCAUACAAGGAAUGGAUCUAAAUACCAAAAUAACUGAUGAACAUAUGAUUCCUAUAGAAAAUUUGGUCAAUCCUCGAGCUUUGGAUUAUCAUGCUGAAACCAAUUACAUAUACUUUGCGGACACUACCAGUUUCUUGAUAGGACGUCAAAAAGUUGAUGGCUCCGGACGUGAAACAAUCCUGAAGGAUGAUCUUGAUAAUGUAGAAGGCAUUGCAAUAGACUGGAUUGGAAAUAAUUUGUUUUGGACAAAUGAUGGUUACAGGAAAACAAUUAAUGUUGCCAGACUAGAGAAAGCUUCUCAGAACCGCAAAACUCUUCUGGAAGGUGGCAUGUCUCACCCUCGAGGAAUUGUGGUGGAUCCUGUUAACGGCUGGAUGUAUUGGACAGAUUGGGAAGAAGAUGAAAUAGAUGAUAGUAUGGGAAGAAUUGAGAAAGCAUGGAUGGAUGGUAACAACCGUCAAAUAUUUGUGACAUUAAAGAUGUUGUGGCCAAAUGGAUUAACUCUGGAUUACCAAAAUAAUAUAUUGUACUGGUGUGAUGCCUAUUAUGAUCAUAUUGAAAGAAUAUUUCUGAAUGGAAGUGACCGCAAGGUGGUCUACAGUGGAAAAGAAUUGAAUCAUCCAUUUGGACUAUCACAUCAUAGAAAUUAUAUUUUCUGGACAGAUUAUAUGAAUGGCUCUAUUUUCCAACUGGAUUUGAUGUCUAGAAAUGUGACACUUCUGAAAAGUGAGAGAUCCCCUCUUUUUGGGUUGCAAAUUUAUGAUCUCCAGAAGCAACAAGGUGACAACGCAUGCCGUGUUAAUAAUGGAGGCUGCAGUACCCUGUGUUUAGCGAUACCUGGAGGCAGAAUGUGCGCUUGUGCCGAUAAUCAACAUUUGGAGGAAAACAGUACAACCUGCAUGUUUAAUUCUGAAGAAGUAUUACCUAAGUUAUGCAAAGUGGGUGAAUUUCAGUGCAGGAACAAGCGCUGCAUCCAAGAUGGCUGGCAAUGUGAUGGUGAUGAUGAUUGCCUGGAUGGCUCUGAUGAGCAUUCAGAGAUUUGUUUUAAUCAUAGUUGUCCUGACAAUCAAUUUAAAUGCCGUAAUAACCGAUGCAUCCCUAAGAAAUGGCUUUGUGAUGGAGCAAAUGAUUGUGGUAACAAUGAAGAUGAAUCAAAUGAAACUUGUGCAGCAAGACCAUGUCAAAUAGAUCAGUUUUCCUGUGGGAAUGGACGCUGCAUUCCACGUUCAUGGUUGUGUGAUCAAGAGGAUGAUUGUGGUGAUCAUUCAGAUGAAACAGCAACUUGUGAAUUCCCAACCUGUGACCCACUGAUUCAUUUUAUAUGUAAUAAUGGAAGAUGUAUUAGUAACAAGUGGCAUUGUGAUACAGAUAAUGACUGUGGUGAUGGGAGUGAUGAACUGGGCUGUCUUCAUUCAUGUUUUGACAACCAGUUCAGAUGCUCUACUGGCCGGUGCAUUCCAGGUCACUGGGCUUGUGAUGGAGACAAUGACUGUGGAGACUUCAGUGAUGAAACUAAACCAAAUUGCACCAAAGAGAUAGCUUCUCUUGGGAGAUGCAGCAGGAAAGAAUUUCAGUGCUACCCAGAUGGAAACUGCAUUCCUGAACUUUGGCACUGUGAUGGAGAAAAGGACUGUGAAGAUGGCAGUGAUGAAAAGAGUUGUAAUGGAACUAUACGACCAUGUGACGACAAAACAAAGUUUUCUUGCAAGGCUACAGGGAGAUGUAUUAGCAAAGCUUGGCUGUGUGAUGGAGACAUUGAUUGUGAGGAUCAGUCCGAUGAAGAUAAUUGUGAAGGCUAUAUGUGUGGGCCACCAAAAUAUCCAUGUGCUAAUGACACUUCCAUCUGUCUGCAGCCUGAAAAGCUUUGCAAUGGAAUAAGAGAUUGCCCUGAUGGAUCUGAUGAAGAUGAUCUUUGUGAAGAAUGUUCACUUAAUAAUGGUGGAUGCAGCCACCAGUGUUCAGUAGUUCCUGGAGGCAGAAUUGUCUGUUCAUGCCCCCCAGGACUGUACUUAAAUUCAGACAAUAAGACCUGUGAGUAUGUAGAUUAUUGCACCAAACAUCAGAAAUGCAGCCAAGUAUGUGAACAGCAUAAAAAUGUUGUUAAGUGCUCCUGUUAUGAAGGUUGGGAACUUAGUAAAGAUGGCGAAAGCUGUGCUAAUAUCAAUCCUUUUGAACCAUUCAUCAUUUUCUCUAUUCGGCAUGAGAUCAGAAGGAUUGAUCUGCAGAAACGAGACUACAGCUUAUUAGUUCCUGGUUUAAGAAAUACAAUAGCACUUGAUUUUCACUUCAAUCAGAGCUUACUAUACUGGACAGAUGUAGUAGAAGAUAAAAUUUACAGAGGCAAGCUUUCUGAAACUGGAGGUGUAAGCUCCGUGGAAAUUGUGGUCCAACAUGGUUUAGCUACUCCAGAAGGUCUUACUGUGGACUGGAUUGCUGAAAAUAUAUAUUGGAUAGACAGCAAUCUGGAUCAAAUUGAAGUAGCUAAAUUAGAUGGUACAUUGAGGACAACCCUAAUUGCAGGUGCAAUGGAACAUCCUAGAGCUAUUGCUUUGGAUCCCAGAUAUGGAAUUCUGUUUUGGACAGACUGGGAUGCUAAUUUUCCUCGCAUUGAAUCUGCUUCCAUGAGUGGAGCAGGAAGAAAGAUCAUAUAUAAAGACAUGGAUAGUGGGGCAUGGCCUAAUGGUCUUACAGUUGAUCAUUUUGAAAAACGGAUAGUUUGGACAGAUGCUAGGUCAGAUGCUAUUUAUUCAGCACUGUAUGAUGGGACUGGCAUGAUUGAAAUUAUACGAGGUCAUGAAUAUCUUUCUCACCCUUUUGCUGUCUCCCUGUUUGGGAGUGAAGUAUAUUGGACAGACUGGAGGACAAACACAUUAUCUAAAGCAAAUAAAUGGACAGGCCAAAAUGUUAGUGUGAUACAAAAAACCAGUGCACAACCUUUUGAUCUUCAAAUUUAUCAUCCAAGUCGUCAACCCCAAGCUCCUAAUCCUUGUGCUGCUAACAGCGGCAGAGGUCCUUGCUCUCAUAUGUGCCUGAUAAAUCAUAACAGGAGUGCUGCUUGUGCAUGUCCUCAUCUAAUGAAACUGGCUGAAGACAAAAAGGCAUGUUAUGAAAUGAAGAAGUUCCUUCUUUAUGCAAGGCAUUCAGAAAUUAGAGGUGUUGACAUAGAGAAUCCAUACUUCAAUUAUAUAACAGCAUUUACAGUUCCUGAUAUUGAUGAUGUAACAGUUGUAGAUUUUGAUACAGUGGAAGAACGUUUAUACUGGACUGAUGUGAAAACACAAACUAUAAAACGGGCCUUUAUUAAUGGGACUGGCUUAGAAACUGUCAUAUCACGAGAUAUUCAAAGCAUUCGUGGACUGGCUCUGGAUUGGUUAUCUCGUAAUUUAUACUGGAUUAGCUCAGAAUUUGAUGAAACACAAAUUAAUGUGGCUCAUUUAGACGGCUCUUUAAAAACUUCAAUUAUACAUGGAAUUGAUAAACCCCAAUCUCUUGCUGUUUAUCCAGCUAAAGGGAAGCUUUAUUGGAUUGAUGGGAACACAAUUAACAUGGCAAAUAUGGAUGGCAGCAACAGUAAUAUACUACUACAGAAUCAAAAAGAACCAGUUGGUUUGUGCAUAGAUUAUUCAGAGAAUAAACUCUACUGGAUCAGUUCAGGCAAUGGAACUAUAAACCGAUGCAACUUGGAUGGUGACAAUUUUGAAGUAAUAGAUUCAAUGAAAGAAGAGCUAACCAAAGCUACAGCCUUAACUAUAAUGGAUAAAAAGUUAUGGUGGGCAGACCAUAACUUAGGCCAACUGGGCACUUGCAAUAAAAAAGAUGGAAGGAAUCCUACAGUUUUGCGAAACAAAACUUCAGGAAUUGUACAUAUGAAAGUAUAUGACAAAGCAGGACAGAAAGGUAGCAAUUCUUGUCAGAUCAAUAAUGGAGGAUGUUCCCAACUUUGCUUACCAACUUCAGAAUCCACUCGAACAUGCUUAUGUACUGUAGGUUACAAUCUUCAGAAAAAUCGUAUGACAUGUCAAGGUAUAGAGUCGUUUCUCUUGUAUUCUAUUCAUGAAGGAAUCAGGGGAAUACCUCUUGAUCCAAAUGACAAAACAGAUGCAUUAAUGCCUAUAACAGGAACAUCUUUUGCUGUUGGUAUAGACUUCCAUGCAGGAAAUGAUACAAUCUACUGGACUGACAUGGGAUUCAAUAAAAUAAGCAGAGGUAGCAGAGAUCAGACAUGGAAGGAAGAUAUCAUUACAAAUGGUUUGGGAAGAGUGGAAGGCAUUGCAGUGGAUUGGAUAGCGGGUAAUAUAUAUUGGACAGAUCAUGGCUUCAAUUUUAUUGAAGUUUCUAGGCUUAAUGGCUCCUUUCGCUAUGUUGUCAUAUCUCAGGGUCUGGAUCAGCCAAGGUCUAUAGCAGUGCACCCUGGAAAAGGUUAUUUAUUCUGGACAGAAUGGGGACAGGCACCAUGUAUAGGCAAGGCUCGUUUAGAUGGUUCAGAGAAGACUGUUCUUGUUGGUACUGGUGCCAUGUGGCCUAAUGGAAUUUCUGUUGAUCUUGAGGAAAAUAAAUUAUAUUGGUGUGAUGCUCGAAUGGACAAGAUAGAAAGAAUUGACCUUGAGAGUGGAAGAAAUCGGGAGAUUGUACUGUCAGGAAGUAAUGUGGAUAUGUUUUCAGUCACAGUCUUUGGGGCUUACAUCUACUGGUCUGACAGAGCUCAUGCAAAUGGAUCUAUCAGACGAAGCAAAAAAAAUGAUGCCACAGAGACAGUAUCCAUGAGGACAGGCCUAGGAAUAAACUUGAAGGAAGUAAAGGUUUUCAACAGAGGUCGUGAAAAAGGAACCAACAUUUGUGCCAAAAACAAUGGUGGGUGUCAGCAACUUUGUCUCUAUCGGGGAAAUGCACAGAGAACCUGUGCUUGUGCACAUGGUUAUCUAGCAGAGGAUGGUGUGACAUGUUUAAGACAUGGUGGCUACUUGCUUUAUUCAGGAAGAACAAUACUAAAAACUAUACAUCUUUCAGAUGAGACAAAUUUAAAUUCACCAGUGCAACCUUAUGAAAAUCCAGAAUAUUUCAAAAAUGUAAUAGCAUUGACUUUUGACUAUAGACAGAAAGGAAGAGGAACUAAUCGAAUUUUCUUUAGUGAUGCACAUUUUGGAAACAUACAACUUAUUAAAGAUGAUUGGACUGGUAGAAAAAUUAUACUUGAAAGUAAGUAUGCUUUCUAA